AUGUGUGGUGUUGGUAAAACAGCACUUGCGAGGAUUGUGUACGACAAAUUAUCUCCUCAGUUUGACUGCCGUAGUUUCCUCCACGACGUUGAAGGAUCAUGUGAAAGUUAUGGUCUUGGAUGGUUGCAGCGAAAGCUAUUAUCAAGUUUUGGUGUUCCUAGUCAUACUGACCACAUUAAAGACAUUGACGAAGGGAUGGAUCAGAUCAAGAGAGUAUGUGAUACUAAAAAAGUCCUCAUUGUUCUUGACGAUCUACAUGAAGAAGAAAAACUCCACUACCUAGCUGGAAAAUCUAAUUGGUUUGGUUCGGGUAGUAGGAUCAUUAUAACAACAAAAAACAAGGACAUCCUCUAUAUGAUGCACAUGGAAUCAUCCAAUGAAGAGGUCCUAAUUCAACCCAGAGGAAUUUUGGAUUAUGAAGUUCAUGAAAUGGAACUUGGUCAAACACUUCAGUUGUUUUAUAAGCAUGCAUUCAGAAGAGACUCUCCUGUGGAAGGAUAUGAUUGUCUUGCAGAGGAAAUUGUUCAUAGAUAUGAUUGUCUUGCAAAGGAAAUUGUUUGUAAAGUGGGUAUGCUUCCUUUGGCUGUUGCGGUGAUAGGCUUUUCUCUUUAUUGGGAGGGCUUGGUCCUGGAGCAACAUUUUGAAAAAAUAGAGCUAUGGGAAGACAUGUUAGAUCAGUUAGAUGAAUGUCCUAUUAAGGAAGUCCGAGAUGCAUUAAUGUCAUGCUUUUACAGAUUAGACUCCAUAAAGCCGUAUGUAGAAGCUCUAAGCCUCACUGCCACCAGCUGCAGCCGCAACUUUGAACCUGAAGAAUUAGCUGCUUUGCCACAUCUAAGGUUCCUUCGAGUGAAAGGCUCGAAUUUUUCUGGCGACUUCAAGAAUGUUCUUUCAUGUCUAAGAUGGCUAUCUUGGCAGACAUGUCAAACAACUUUCCAUGCGAAAAACUUUCACUUCAAUAACUUGGUUGUACUCGACCUUUCGAAUAGCGAUAUUGAAGAUGAUUGGGGUGGGUGGAGCCAAAUGAAGAUGAAUAAAUUAAAGGCCUUAGAUUUGACAGGUUGCAGAAAGUUAAAAAGGACACCCAACUUCUCUAAUUUCUUGGAUUUGGAGGAGUUGAUUCUCGCUCAGUGUGUCAACUUAACCACAAUUGACAGCUCCAUUGGUAAGCUACAGUGGCUAAAAACUCUGAAUGUGGCGGGGUGUGUCAACUUCAACUUAACCACAAUUGACAGCUCCAUUGGUAAGCUACAGUUGCUAGAAACUCUGAAUGUGGCGGGGUGUGUCAACUUAACCACAAUUGACAGCUCCAUUGGUAAGCUAAAGUGGCUAAGAACUCUGAAUGUGGCGGGGUGUGUCAACUUAACCACAAUUGACAGCUCCAUUGGUAAGCUACAGUGGCUAAAAACUCUGAAUGUGGCGGGGUGUGUCAACUUAACCACAAUUGACAGCUCCAUUGGUAAGCUAUGGCACCUAGAAACUUUGAAUAUGGCGGGGUGUAGUUCUCUUGGGGAGUUACCUGCAGAAUUUGGUUCUCUACAUUUUGGUAGCGAUGGCAUGGGUGGAUUGCAGAGAAUGAAGAUGAAUAGAUUGAAGGUCUUAGAUUUGACAGGUUGCAGAAAGUUAAAAAGGACACCCGACUUCUCUAAUUUCUUGGAUUUGGAGGAGUUGAUUCUCGCUCAGUACAAAGAACUAGUUAAGAAGGUUACUAGCGGUUUUGAGAGCCAGGCAAUUUUUGAUUGUUUGGACGAUCCAGAUAUUUCACUGCGUAAGGAAUGGGCUUACGUUUCGAAUGCUUUGGUGCAUUAUUUACAAGGUCAGCAUAUUUAUAGGAACGAGGACAUCAGUGAACUCUCAUGCUUUAUUGGAGGGUUGUAUAGAAUGCCGAGGGUGCUGGCGUUGGCGGGAGUGGACCACAGCAGCCAAGUCGAGAAAGAGCAACUGGAAUUGACGGAGUCUCCUAGACGUGAUGAUGUGGCUAUGAUGGUGGCAACUACUGGACUCCGAGAAAUCUGCAAGAACGGACACUAG